AGAAUUACUAAUACGUAUGGACUCACAAACCAUUUAAUUAAUUGCCCCAAGUUUUCCUUUUUCUAUAUAAACACCUCCAACCAAUGAACCAAAAGGCAUCAGUUCAAGACACACAAAGGCCAAACGCUCUUUCUCUAGUGUUUCCUGCGGGCAGGAAUUAUGGCAGCGGAGGGCAAAAGGACUAGGGGUAGACAGAAGAUCGAGAUGAAGAGAAUAGAGAAUGAGGAUGACCGCCUAAUCACUUUCUCGAAACGUAGAUCUGGUGUCUACAAAAAAGCAAGCGAGCUGGCCACCCUGUGCGGUGCUGAGGUCGCAGUGGUUGUCUUCUCACCAGCCGGAAAACCCUUUUCAUUUGGUCACCCUUCUGUCGAGUCAGUGACCAGCCGUUUCCUCAAUCAAAACCCUGAUCCGCAUGGUGACAGAACCCACCCGCUCGUUGAGGCUCACCGGCGAGUGAGAAUAAACGAGCUCAGCCAGCAGUACAGCGAGCUCGUUAACCAACUGGAAGUGGAGAGGGAGAGAGGAAAGGAGCUCCAAAAGCUGACAAAGGCAAGACCGGGAGAAGACAAGGGCUGGUGGGAGGCUCCUAUUGAGGAACUUAGCUGUGAAGAGGUACAGAAAAUGGACGCGUCACUAAGGGAGCUUUACAAUACUGUUUGCAACUGUGUCAAGGAGAAGCAUGCUGCGAUGGCUGGGUCAUUUCCUUCUUCCUCAACAUUUCUUCCAGCUGGAUAUUCUGCCGAGGGAGCGACGUCGUCCAACCCCUUUGCUGCUAACAAUGCCAGUGGAGCUGAUCCUUCUGGUUCUGGCCAAGGCUUUCAACCUGCAGGCUACGGCUAUGGAGUGGGGCACUUUUGAAUGAAUCUACCUAGCUAUAUGUUAGCUAGUUUUGUCUCUCAAUAAUGCUUUAAUUUGGGUCGUUUUAUUUGAAGAAAGAAUAAAUGUGAGGUCUUUUAAUUUUGUUUUUGCUGGAAGUUUUAUGUUGGGAUAAUCAAAGAUCUCAUGAUUUGCAGUUCAAACUUCCAUACAUUAAUAUUAAUUCUACCUAGUUGUGA